GUUAAUGUCCCUUAGGAAGGGAAACUUAAGGCGGGAGGGGAAGCCACAGUACUCCCUCGAUCAUGAUGGCAUGGGGCUGCUUCUUUCUGCUAUUUCUUGCUGCCUUCCAUCUUCAAGUAGCAGCUCAAGAAGGUUUUAUCAGUUUGGACUGUGGCACCCCAGAUGGUACAAGCUACAACAGUACUGAUAUUGGUCUAUUUUACACCUCUGACCAUUCAUAUAUAUCCAGUGGAGUUGCGAACCAAAUCUCUACGGACUAUGUGACCAGCAGUCCACGAAUCUACCAAACAGUAAGAAGCUUUCCACAGUAUACAAGGAACUGCUACAGUUUAGAACCCUUGACUUCAGGCUCGAGAUACAUGGUCCGAGCUUCCUUCAUGUAUGGGAAUUACGACGGGUUGAGCUCGGUUCCAAAAUUCGACAUCUACAUGGGGCUAGACCUCUGGAACACGAUUCAGCUGGAUAAUGCAACUCAUGUUUUACGAACCGAGAUAAUCAAGAGUGCAACCUCAACUUCCCUAUCAGUGUGUUUGCUUAAGACGGGCAACAGCACGCCGUUCAUAUCAGCUUUGGAACUUCGGCCAUAUGAUGGUAUAUACUCACCUGCCAACGGAUCAUCGCUUGUGACCUUCAAGAGAAUCGACUUCGGAUCUACCAAAGAAUCAAGGUUUCCUGCUGAUCCCUAUGAUCGUAUAUGGACACCAGACCACAAUCUAUAUGGGACUCCACUUAUCACAAAUCUGGAAGUAAAGGAAGACUCUACCAAGAGAUUUGGACGGCCCACUGCCAUUAUGCAGACUGCUGUGACCUCACCCGGUCCCAUCACAAUCAAAUGGAACACGAAACCCAGUGCUCGCAUCUAUGCUUUCUUCCAUUUUGCGGAGCUGAUAGACUACAAAGGAAACCAAACAAGAAAUCUCACAAUCACCAAGAAUGGACAACCUUGGUUAGAUUCUUUAGUUCUUAGAUAUCUUGCUUCGAACACCGUAUACAGCACUUCACCUGACACUCUGGUAAGCUAUUCGUUCUCAAUAAAUGUUACACAGACUUCUACUCGUGGGCCAAUUAUAAAUGCUCUUGAGGUCUACGAAGCACGUGAUGUCACUGGCUCUGCGACCAACGAGCAGGAUGUUGACGCAAUCAGGGGAACUAGAGACCAUUACAACUUGAAGAAAAACUGGAAUUCUGAUCCAUGUCUUCCCCAGGGCUACCCUUGGGAUGGAUUGGGCUGCAGCUAUGAAAAUCCUUCAUCACCAAAAAUCAUUUCCUUGGAUCUCUCGUAUAGUCGCUUAAAUGGCUCCAUAUCCAAUUAUAUCUAUCAAUUUGCAUCAAUUCAUUCAUUGAACUUGUCGGGAAAUGACUUGGAAGGGCCCAUACCUGAUUUCCUGGGAAAAAUGACAAGUUUAAUGACGCUAGAUUUAUCAGGUAAUCACCUUUCUGGCCCAAUUCCAAGUACCCUCAAACAGAGGAUGGAUGAUGGAUCACUUUCAGUAAGGCUGGACAAUUAUACCCAACUUUGUCUGGAUGGAACCUGCAAGAAGAAACACAAUGUUAUUUUGCUAGUGCUCUCCAUUUGUGCUCCAACUCUAUUCAUAUUCAUUCUUGGAAUCAUUCUAGCUUCGAUCCUUCAGAGAAAGAAUAAUAUGAGACGGAACCAAGGUUCAACCACCAGCAGUAAUAACGACAAUGUGAAUGGAAAGACACACACCCAUUUGGCAUUAGAAAGUAGCUAUUUGUUCACAUACAAGGACAUAAUGAGGAUAACUAAUAACUUCCAGAGGAUGAUCGGGAAAGGAGGAUCUGGAACCGUGUUUUAUGGAAAGCUAAUAGAUGGCAGUGAAGUGGCAGUCAAGACUUUGACCAGAACAACAGUGCAAAGCUGCAAAGAAUUUGCUGCAGAGAUUAAGUUGUUGACAAAAGUUCAUCACAAGUACCUGGUCUCUUUCCAUGGAUUCUGUGAAGAAGGAGAUAAUAUGAUACUACUUUAUGAAUAUAUGUCUGGAGGAAACUUGAGGGAGCUAUUAUCAGAGGAUUCCGGGAGCUCAGUGGUGCUUAGUUGGAAACAAAGGCUGAAAAUUGCUUUAAGCUCUGCCAAAGGGCUGGAAUACCUGCAUUCAGGAUGUAGGCUGCCAAUCAUACAUAGGGAUGUGAAGACAAGCAACAUCCUUCUCAAUGGAAAUUCAGAAGCGAAACUUGCAGAUUUUGGACUGUCAAAGAUCUGUGCAACCGACGACAUUACUCAUAUGACAACUACAGUCGCUGGAACCCCUGGAUAUGUGGACCCUGAGUAUUACAACACAAACAAACUUACAGAAAAGAGUGAUGUAUAUGGCUUUGGGAUGGUUCUUCUCGAGCUGAUCACAGGCCACCGUGCCAUAUUAACACUAGAAGCACAGCGAGUUCAUAUCCUCCAAUGGGUUACCCCCAAAAUUAUGAGGGGAGAUGUCGCCAGCUUGGUAGACCCUAGGCUCCAGGGCCAAUACAACAUCAACUCUAUAUGGAAGGUUGUAGAGAUAGCCCUCGCAUGUGGUGAAGAGGCAGCCAUUAGAAGGCCUACCAUGACUGAAGUUGUGAAUGGAUUGAAGGCUGCCAUGGAGAUUGAAGGCCAGGGUUCAAUAAGAGAAGGAGUUUUUGCUUCCCAGUCCUUUGAAGGCCAUGCCCAAUCGGACAUUGAUUCAUCCAUCUACCCGACAGCAAGAUAAGGAGAAGGUCUCUGCAUCGCCAUCUUCACAUUCAGUAGAGGAAGCCAAUGUGGUCCGAUCAGUACAGGGAUCAUAUUAUGAGAUUUCUGACUUUUGUGGUUGUGCUCAAAUUGAAUAAUUUCGUUCAGACAAUUGGAACUGAUGAAAGUUGAUCUGUUGAGUUCCAUAUGCGUUUUUUCUUUAAUUGACUGCGUCACAAAAUGGUAUGAAGACUGGUAACUGCCAACCCUUGUAUUGCCUGAAAAUAUAGAAAAUAUGAUGUAAUAAGUUUUCUUAGACCGGGAAUACUUCUUCUUUGAUGGGUA